AUGUGCAAGCUCACUCUAACUGCAGGUCUCUGUCUGAUCAUCGCCAGCUUGGCCUCUUCCUCCAGGCUGGUGUGUUACUAUAACAGCUUGGCUGAAGACAGAGCGGAGUACGGGAAGUUCACAGUUUCAGACAUUGAUCCAAACAAGUGCACCCAUCUGAUCUAUGCCUUUUCUGACAUUAAUAACCAACAUGAGCUGGUCCCCAGCAGAGCAACUGACAUACAACAGUAUCAGGCCUUCAAUGGACUCAAAACUAGAAAUCCACUGCUUAAAACCCUGUUGGCGGUUGGUGGCCUGACCUUUAACACACAAAAAUUCAGUUCAAUGGUGGAAACACAACAAAACAGAACAGAGUUCAUCCAGUCUGCUAUCACAUUGCUGAGAGCUCAUAGGUUUGAUGGGCUAAAUCUUGACUGGAGAAACCCUGGAGGAGCUGGAAGCCAACCACAGGACAAGCAAAGAUUCACACUGCUUUGCAAGGAGCUCAAAGAGGCCUUUAUGGCUGAGGGAACAGCAGAUAACCGACUACUGGUCACUGCCAGUGUCUCUGCUGAGAAAGCAGUCAUCGAUGCCAGUUAUGAAGUCCCACAGAUUGCAAUGUACCUGGAUUUCAUUAAUGUGCUGACAUUUGACUUUCACGGCCCCUGGGAAAGUGUCACAGGACAUCACAGCCCCUUAUAUCAUGGAUCCCAGGACACUGGAAACAAAACCUACUUUAACACUGACUUUGCCAUGCGGUACUGGCGGGACCAGGGAGCACCACCACAAAAGAUAAACAUGGGGUUAGCAGCAUACGGGCGAGCAUUUAACCUCUCCUCUGCAUCCAGUAAUGUUGGAGCACCAGCCAAUGGUCCUGGUGAGGAAGGCUGCUACACUGGCGAAGAAGGAUUCUGGGCCUCUUAUGAGAUUUGCCUUUAUCUUGACGGGGUUACACCCCAGUUGAUAACCGAUCAGAAAGUUCCAUAUGCCAUCGCAGAAAACCAGUGGGUUGGAUUUGACAACAAAGACAGCCUUAAUACCAAGGUCAAUUACCUGAAAGCUAACAAUUUUGGAGGAGCCUUCAUCUGGUCUCUGGACCUGGAUGACAACAGUGGACAGUUCUGUGGAACAGACAAAUGCCCCCUCAUCAGCCACCUGCAUGCUCUGCUGGUUCCAGGUUUUCCUGGCGUGAGUACCUUGAAUACUACAUCUACGGCUCCUAAGACGACUCCCACUACCAAAACCACAAAAAGUAAAACUACCUGCUCCCACAACUGCAGCUCCCACAAGAGCAGCUGCCUCAACAGCAGCUCUCACAACAGCCGCUCCCAAAACUGCUGCUCCCACGACAGCUGCUCCCACAACAGCUGCUCCAACAACAGUGGCUCCCACAACAGCAGCUCCCUCAACAAUACCUCCAACAACUGCUGCACCCACAACAGUCGCUCCUACAACAGUUGCUCCCACACCUGCUGCUCCCACAACUGCCACUCCUACAACUGA